AAACGUCAAACAUCCAUCCACAACAAGGAAGUGGAUGCUCAUGGUGCUUGCUAUUCUUAGUAUUUAGAGUUGGAUUUGGUUUUGUAAAGCCGUGUAAUUAAAGAUAAGAUUUGUUCUGCAAAGCCCCGAUGUGUCGGGGAAACGGAACAUAUCUCUGCUCAUCUCUAACGAUAAAAUGGAAUCUUCAACCGUGUAUCCAACAGGUGAAUGCGUGACAUGGUAGGUUACCCUGCUCGCCCAUUCAUUCAUCAGCGGGGCAGUGCCCUCCGGUUUUAUUGUCAGAUUCUGAUAAUAAAUCAUAAAGGUCCUCUGCCGGCUCAGUCUUGUGUGGCUAGUCAAAAUGAACGUGAUCACCUUUUUUCUGGUUGGAUUGACCGUCCACGUGGUCUUUUUCCUUUCUAUCUUUGACAUCUACUUCACUUCUCCCCUGGUCCAUGGCAUGACACCCCACGCCACACCCCUGGAACCUCCUGCCUCCAGACUAGUACUACUUGUAGCUGAUGGCCUCAGAGCAGACAGUCUCUUCACCCCAUCUAUCAGCAGGACACCAUACUUGAGACAUGUGAUAGAGGAGAAGGGCACCUGGGGUGUGUCACACACUCGUGUGCCCACUGAGUCUCGACCUGGUCAUGUGGCUCUGAUCGCUGGCUUUUAUGAGGAUGUUAGUGCAGUCGCUAAAGGCUGGAAGGAAAAUCCAGUAGAAUUUGACUCUGUGUUUAAUGAGAGCAGACACACCUGGUGCUGGGGUAGUCCUGAUAUUCUUCCCAUGUUUGCUAAAGGUGCCACAGGAGACCACGUUCACACCCACACCUACCCACCAGAGGAGGAAGACUUUGCCUCCACUGAUGCUUCCAAGCUGGACACCUGGGUGUUCAAUCAAGUCAAAACCUUCUUUCAGUCAGCAAAGGCUAACUCAAGUCUGAGAGCCAGUUUGUUUGAGGAUAAGAACAUCUUCUUUCUGCAUCUCCUUGGCAUCGACACAAACGGACAUGCUCACAGACCUAUGUCACGGGAGUACUUGAAUAAUAUUGGUCUCGUGGAUUCGGGUGUAGCUGAAGUGGUUUCAAUAAUAGAAGAUUUCUUUGGUCAUGAUGGUAAAACAGCCUACGUGUUCACCUCCGAUCACGGCAUGACAAACUGGGGUUCCCACGGUGCAGGCCAUCCCUCAGAGACACUCACCCCUUUAGUAGUUUGGGGAGCAGGAGUUAAUGGUGCAAAGAGGGUCACUGGACCACAACCAUUCAGUGAUGGAUUUCUACAAGAUUGGAAACUGGAGCACCUUCGUAGGGUUGAUGUCAGUCAGGCCGACAUUGCUCCCCUCAUGGCUUCACUUAUUGGUGUGCCCAUUCCGGUCAACUCAGUUGGAGUGUUACCUCUUUUGUACCUUAACAACAGUGAGCGGUUCAAGGCAGAAAGCAUGUACACUAAUGCUAUUCAAGUCUUGGAACAGUUCAAGAUGAAAAUGACCCAGAAAAAGGAGACAACCUUGUCCUUUCUGUUCACCCCCUACCAGCUGCUCACGGAAUCGAAACAAGCAGAAUUCAGCCACAAGGCACGAAUACUGAUUGAACAGGAGAAGUAUGAGGAAGCUAUCUCCCUGUGCCAGUCUCUAAUAUCUCACUCCCUGGACGGCCUGGUGUACUACCACACCUAUGACAGGUUCUUCCUGGGCUGCAGUGUGGUGCUGGGAUUUGUAGGCUGGACCUCAUACGUUAUCUUAGUCAUACUGAAGACUCAUACCAGCCUCAACAGACACCCUGGUCUCCUCAAACAGAAUCCCAGCUCCACCCUGGCGAAAGUGUGCCUGUGCUUGACAGCAGUUAUCGCCGUGUUCUUGCUAGUCCAAAGCAGCCCUGUGACCUACUACAUCUACUGCCUGUUGCCAGUCCCUGUGUGGUACUCGGUCCUUAAAGAGUCUGGAACGCUCACAGAUUUGCUUCGGUCAGCUCCCUCUCUGCCGCUGUGGAAAUGUUUGGCGUACUUUGUUCUGGUGGCCUUAGGAAUUGAGCUGCUGGUGGUCAGCUUUUUCCACCGCGCCAUGCUGACUGUGGGCCUGGCUGUGCUCUCUCUCUGGCCCUUCCCCUCAGGACUUUUUGCCAAGAGCAAGUUCCGAUCACUGAGCUGGUGUCUGGGCUGUCUGUGCUUGGCUGCUUUCCCACUGAUGCCAGUUGUGGGUAGAGAGUCUAACACACAUCUGGUUACCUGUGCAGGUCUGCUCACUCUCUUCACCUCAGCCUGUUACUUCUGCUCAUCGCGACACAAAACCCCUCUGCAUCCAAGCGGCACACAGCAGUUUGUCAUCCAGAUGCUCCACGUGGCCGUGUGUGCGUAUGUGCCGUCCCUCACGCACUCCAGCCUGGAGCAGAAACGGGGCCUGCCACUUUUCUGUCAGAUCAUCAGCUGGACUACGUUAGCAUCGUCAAUGCUGGUUCCACUGAUGAGCUCCACGCGUCUCUUCCAUCGACUUCUCAGUUUAUUCCUCUCUUUCACAGCCACGUACCUGCUGCUCAGUACUGGGUCGGAGGCUUUGUUCCCACCUGUGUUAUCUUGGUUGAUGUUUGCGUGGAUCAAUAUAGAACAGGAAGCGCUACAUGCUCAGAGUGCAGCUAGCAGGCAGGAGGUAAAACCACUCUCAACAUUCGAUUUCUCUGCACACGUCGACAUCACCAAGCUCCGACAACUGAAGCUGGACGACAUAAGGCGAUCCUACUUUUUCGUUUUUUUUAUAAUAACAGCUUUCUUUGGCACAGGGAAUAUAGCGUCCAUUAACAGUUUUGACCCAGCAUCCAUUUACUGUUUCCUGACCGUCUUCAACCCCUUCAUCAUGGGAGGACUCAUGAUGUGGAAGGUGAUAAUUCCAUUUGUAAUAGUGAUGUGCACAUUUGAGACCAUCCAAGUUGUGACCCAGCUCUCGUCACGAAGUUUGUUUCUCAUUGUCCUGGUCAUUUCAGACCUGAUGGCUCUGCACUUUUUCUUCCUGGUGCAGGAUCAGGGCAGCUGGUUAGACAUUGGAACAAGCAUUAGCCACUAUGUGAUAGUGAUGUCAAUGACCAUCUUCUUGAUGUUGCUAAGUGUGGUGACCCGCAUUCUCACCUCACGAAGACUUAAUCUGUGGCGGACAUCAAAGAUGCACUUUCCCUAAGUAAACGUGUUUGCGAUGCCGUGUGCACCAAUCAGCCACAGCAUUAAUACUCCCUGCAGGUUGUGAUGAGAGCAACAGAGGUCAGGCACGAAAACCAGAGAACCGCUGGUCACGACAUAUCAGAGGAACAGGCAGCGAACGCGGCAGCUUGGGGGAUAGAGGUGCAUGUACUGACCCCUGCCCACCACAACAAUAAAACCACGACCUAGUGCUAAAAGAAUGACUCAUCGAUGCAAUGUACACAAGCAAACCUACUGGUUAUAGCAAAGGCUAAGAGUAAAUAGUAUUUAUUCAUUUUUUACAUUUUUUUUAAAUAAAGUAUUUGGGAUUUUGCUUUAGGGCUUGCUGCUACUUUUUUGGAAAUUCCCUCCCAUGUGUAUUAAUAAACCACAACCUAAAGUUAAUGUUUGACUACCAGGAAAAAGGAAGGACAGGAAGCUCCACUGCUCCACUGUUACUUCAGUUACUUUAAUAACUUCUUACUUGAAAGUGAAUUCAUAGAACAAAUGAUUUUAUUCCCUAAUCGAUAAACUUGAUGAGUGUUUUUAAUUUCUUAAAGAUGAUUUGUGUGUUGUGGCCUGGCUCUGUUUUUCCUUUUUGUAUUGUAUUUUGACACAAGUCUCUGAUCAAUGAAAUGCCAAACUAUGGUGCUGCUUGGUGCUGAUCCUUCUGUGAUACAUGCCUUGUGAUCCUGGGGAGUUUUCUGGGAAAUGUAGGAAAGUGUUUUUUCUGAACAUGAUAAUAAUAAAAAAACCUUUACCUGG